AUGGCUGGACUGGAUGGUCUUGGUGGGCUGCCCCAGCUUCAUGAUGCUGCGGUUCUUCCCCCGCUGCUCGGAGCUGUGUGGGAGGCCGUGCAGGAACCGGGGCGCACCGUUGAACCAGCAGAAGAAGAGUCAUUUAAUUUUAACGUUGGUGGAUGGUAUUUCUCACUUCCCCGAAGUCAAGUCGCUCGGUUUCCUGACUCUCUGUUGUGGAAGGAGGCUUCUGUGCAAGACUGGUCUGAAAAUCUGAGGUUAUUUAUUGACCAGGAUGGUUUUGUGUUCAGGCACCUCCAUUAUUACGUGCAGACUUCAGAAUUGUCUUCUCUCAGCUGCACUGAAUUGAAUUUGUUGUACGAGCAAGCCUUAGUUUUGCAGCUGACACCUUUAGCACAGCUUUUAGGAGAUUGGAAGGAGGACGGCUCACGUGUCCAACCUGCAGACAUACCAGCAGCUGAAAGAGAGCCUCUGAAUAACUGGAAAGCACAGAAAUGUGCCAACAAACCAUCAGAGAUCCCUCCUAGAAGCCCGGUGUUUGCAGGGCUCCCUGAAAGGACUCCCCUAGGACUCGUGGAUACACCUUUACUUGAUACAGAAGAGGAAGUGAAUUACUGCUUUUUGCCAUUCGAUUUAGUGCAAAAAUAUCCGGUGCUGGUCAACGAUGACAACUUGCUGUGGCUGCUUGAGAAUGCGGCCCUGAUAGAAUGUGAUUCCAGUGAAUUCCGCUUCAUAGUGAACUUUCUCCGCUCCAAGAAGUUGUUGCUGCCUGAUGAUUUCUCCAACAUUGAUGCCUUGGAGGAGGAAGCUUUAACCUUGGGAAUCCCUGAACUUACAGAGGCUGUGAGGAUCUACAGAGGCGGCGGCGCGGAGCGGCGCGGGGCCCGAGAGCGGCGGAGCGGAGCGGGGCGGCGGGCGGCGCGGUACGCGAUGGCGCUGGGGCUGCUGCAGCACUACCCCGAUUCAGCACUCGGACAGCUCCUGGUGGGCGGCGAUCCGGCGCGGCGCCGCCUCCACGUGCGCGGCAGCGGGGCUCUGUUCCGGCACGCCGGGAAUUGGUUGGGAACUUGCCGACUUCCCCUCACUGAGAACAUCUCUGAAAUCCAAGAGCUCUGCGCUUUCUUGGACAGAGGGGACAUCACCCAUGAGCCAGUGAAAGAGGCUUUAAGAUGCUAUUUGAAGCAACAGAUGCCAUCAGGGAGCGGAGAUUGCAACGCAGACUGGACAGCAGAAGUGUCAGUAUGUACCCUGCACCAGAUUGUGAAGGUUUAUGUAGGAAGUAACUGGUAUGAAACGUACCUACAGACUUUACUGAAGUACCCAGAGCUGCUGUCGAACGACAAGAAGGUCUGUUGGAUCACGUAUGGUCAAAGCCUUCUGAUCCACGGGGACGGGCAGAUGUUCCGACACGUCCUCAACUUCCUCCGACUUGGGAAAUUGUUUCUGCCUGCGGAAUUCAAAGAAUGGCCUCUAUUCUGUCAAGAAGCAGAGGAGUACGGGAUCCCUUCCCUCUCAGAGGCACUUCGUCACUGCGAGGCGUACAGGUUAUGGAUCCAAAACAAGGAACUGAGGAAUGAGGAUUCUUUUCCACGUAGAGUGCCUUGGAACAAGGAGCGUGAGUUCAGCAAAGACCCCAGAGAGGUGUAUUCAUGUGCACCUGUGGAUUCCAGGAAACAUAUCGAUACACGGAGCAACAUAAAAGAUCUGAAGGGGAAGCGAGACAGCAGUGGGGGGAAGGCAAAGCCUCCCAAGGUGGUGCCACAGAGUGGGGGCACGAAGCGAAAGAACGCCGCUGGAGGACAAGAGGAAUCCUCACCCAGCACGGUGAAAUCCAGCUUGCGGUCAGAAAGCCCUCCAAGAAAGAGGGGGAUGAGAAGCAGUUUAAGGAAACAAGCAGAAAAUAAAGACUCGGCCAUUGACACCCUGAAAUUACUUUCCCUGGUGAAGGAAUGGGGCACGCUCAACUCCAAGAGAUGGGGUUCUCAGCACGUGGAAGUAUCUGAUGGUUGUGUCACAGGCGCUGCUGAGCAGGACAGAGGUGUCAAAGCUUCUCCUGCUUGUUCCGCUGGGAAAGUGAGCUCUGCAAUUCCAGAAAAUGAGCCCAAACGUGGGGCUGAAGGACAGCAAGACGUGUCCAAAGAGAGUUUGCCAGUUACUCCAAGCACUGGAACGCAUCAGUUCAACACCGUCAAAACUCUCCCAACAGGGAAAAACAUCAGGAACGUAAACAGGGAAGCAGCAGAAGGAAGUUUUCCUGGUGAAGGAAAAGACAGGAGCUGGCAGGUGGAGCCCAUCCCGAGGGCAGGCGAACCGAGGGACAGCCAGCGUACCAAAGCUCUCCAGGAAGCUCAGGGAACAGCGGCAGUGAUUCUGAAAGUUGAGCAUCCUCCAGUUCUAGGCAGCGAUGGCUGUCACACGUGGCACGAAGAGAGCAUCGUUUACAGCACUCUGCUGGGCGGCGUCCAGCUGGAGAAGUCAAAGCCUCAGGGGCUCCCCGAAGACACCAUUUUCCUUCGCUUCACUCUCUCCCACGAGGAGAUGUUCUACGCCAGGCAGUGCCACUUCUUCCUGACCGAUGUCAUCCUGGACUCCAUCAGGCAGAAGGACCCCAGGGAAAUCACAGCCAAAGUCAUGACCCUCGUGGACAGGCUGUGGACCCAGCAGAUCGCACCCAAGGCGUUCGUUGAUGACCUACUGAGCACAGAAUACUUCAAAGGGGAUGGAAACGUUCGUGAGCAGCUUCUGAAGUGGGUGGAAUUCACGCUGCCCUCGGCACGGAAAUACAGCCGCUGCCUCCAGCUGCUGCUACACAGAGGCUUUGCUCGCUCCGUCUCCUCCUUUCCCUUGGGAAUGUAAGUUUACAGAACGUUAAUAAAAAUCCCUGCAACGAGAGGGUGCACAUCUCAUCUGAGCUUUAAUUCCCCCCCCCCAUUCACCACCCUGCCAAGAAAACAGCGUUUCAGUCUCCCUCAGCCCCUGCAAAGGGCAGCUGGGUGCCCAAGGGGCAGCUGUGCUCCCCCAGCAGGGCUGCUGCCUCUCAGGCU